UGUCCUGUACAAUACAUGUAAGUUGAAUGUCACUGAGCUAAAGCUGACAGAAUUACCCUGCAUAAAAUAAUUAUAGAUGAUUUCAGUCAUUUACAAAUAAGUGAUUAUCUAUUAAAGUUUAUUGCCUGCAGCUAGAUCCAUGGAUUUCUCUCCUUUUCAUGGAAUACAUGCUUCACGUAUAUCAACUUGUCACCAAUAUUGCCAAGGCACAGUAGCUAAUGAUUUAAAAGGUUGACAGAACGUAUAGGCCCAGAGGAUAGGUUUCAAACAGGUUUAGAAUUUUUAAUGAUAAAUCUGCUGUGUUUCUUUAUAAUACAAUACUACACCAGUCUCCAGUGGUCAGGUUGAAGGAACAUGUGUCCAAACAUUAAUCAACUUGGCUGACCAGAUAAACAUUAAAAAUGCAAUAUAAAUUGAUGCUGCUUUUAAGAAACUGGCUAAUUUUAUUGAUUAACCUUUCAAAAAUGUUUCUGAUCGCCAGGCAUCUCAUCAAUAUUUCAGCCUCCAUAAAUAAAAGCAACUGUUGAAAAGACCUAUUCAGUUGAUUAACCAACUAAAAGAAGCACGAUGAGUGAGGAACUGGAUCAGAAUGUUACAGCUCAGGAAUACUAUUCAUUCUUUUUUAAUGGAUCAACUUCCUAUUUUUAUCUUCAAAACAACAUGACAUAUCUUCCGUUUUAUCAGCACACUGCUUCCGUGGCCACAGUCUUCAUCAUCUCGUACCUGCUCAUCUUCCUGCUCUGUAUGCUGGGCAACAGUUUGGUUUGUUUCAUUGUUAUGAAGAACCGACACAUGCGGACAGUAACCAACCUCUUCAUCCUUAACCUUGCCAUUAGCGACCUCCUUGUUGGGAUAUUCUGUAUGCCUACCACCCUUGUAGACAAUAUUCUUACAGGCUGGCCCUUUGGAAACUUUGUUUGCAAGAUGAGUGGAUUGAUUCAAGGAAUCUCCGUUUCAGCCUCAGUUUUUACUCUUGUUGCAAUAGCAGUGGACAGGUUCAGAUGCAUUGUUUACCCUUUCAAACAGAAACUGAACAUGACUGUUGCAGCCAUCAUCAUCUCUGUGAUAUGGGUUCUCGCUGUUUCAAUAAUGUGUCCUUCUGCAAUCAUGCUGCAGGUGACCAAGCUGCCUGACAGUGUCAAGAUCAUCCAAAGCAGCAAGAAUAUAUACCCUUGCUAUCAAUGUUAUGAGGCAUGGCCAAGUCUAGAAAUGAGAAAGAUUUAUACGACGGUUUUAUUUUCCAACAUUUACUUAGCUCCUUUAUCACUUAUAGUUAUUAUGUACACAAGGAUGGGGCUGACCCUCCUUAAAACUAGCGUGCCCGUUAGUGAAGUGACUCAGCAAGAAAGUCGCAAUGCUGUGACUAAAAGGAAGCGACGAGCCAUCAAGAUGUUGGGCAUUGUUGCUCUGGUGUUCACCUUGUCAUGGCUGCCGCUUUGGACUCUGAUGAUGUUGUCUGACUACGCCAACCUCUCCCACAAUAAACUGAGGGUGAUCAAUUUCUACAUCUACCCCUUUGCCCAUUGGUUGGCCUUCUGCAACAGCAGCAUCAACCCCAUCAUUUACGGCUAUUUCAACAAGAACUUUCGCCGAGGCUUUCAGUCUGUCUUCCGGUUUCAUCCAUGCUCUUCUAAAGUCAGGCACAGGGAGACCCACACUCACCAAAUAUCCAACAAAUUCAUCUUAACUCCACAGAAUAAAAUUGGGCAAGAACCUGUCACAAGUAACUCUGAGGUAAUGGACGAUUGCAGCACACGUCAGGCACACAAACACGUUUGUAAACGGAAUGAAAACCUCGUUCUUGAAGAGCUUGAUAAUAGAAUAAAGGAAAGUGAUCAUGACGUUUCAUUAUAAAGCAAUGGUCCACCGAUCAAGAUUAUUAUUAAGAAGUUACAAUGCUUUUUCCAUUACAUUCAACAAAGUAAGUCCUGCCAGGCAAA